AUGGCCAAUGCUGGAGCAGCCUUUGGGUUGGAGGACGUGCCGGAUUUGCCUGAAGCACCCACGGAACAGCCCAAGUACAACCGGGAUUACCAUCGUCUCUUCGUCAAAUUCAUGAGCUGGCUGCACAAGAGGACAUACACCAAGGCGGCUCGCUUCCAACCUAGUGCUUUGGCCGGCAUCCAACCACACCACGUUGCGGACUACUUGAAAUGGCGUGCGUAUGGUACGACCGAUGUUGACUUCAAAGACCUCGAGCAGAAUCCAACUUGCCGCUCCUCUACUCUUGAGCAAGACAAGAAGGCUAUAUCCUUCUACAUGCCCAUCAAAGGUGCCACAUGGAAUGGAACCUCCGGCAAUCCAACCAAGUCCGAUCCUGUGAACGAAGUGGUCAAGGAAGUCAAGAAAGCGGAGACUCAACACCGCGGCAAGAAGUCCUGUGCCACCAGGGAUUUGACGGAAACUGAGUAUCGCAAGGUGGUCCAUGAACUCUACGGCAAAGGGAGCUUUGAAUCGACCAUCCCCGCAUCCAGACUCCCUUUUGCGCUCAGUUGCAAGGUGCAUUGGUCCAAGAAUAUUUCGGAAGAACGACAAUGCCCUGACCAAAUCAUUCUUGGGUCGAUGGAUACCGACUUUUGUGCUAUGCUCGGAUUGGCGAAUUACAUGGAGGCGUCCUUCAACUACGGGUAUGGCGCCGCUGGUCGGGAAGAUGCAUUCCUCUUUACUCCCGAAAGCGAUCCUAAGUUGGCUCCCAAGCACUGCAACGCAGCCUACCGCAACAUUCUCAAGGCUGUCUUUUUGUCGGCUCCAUUUCUUGCUGUGGCGCUCCUCAUUGCUGGUGUUCUUGGGAGUCACAGCAUUCGGAAGUUUGCUGCAACUCUGGCAAGAGGGAUGGGUGCUACUGCUGACGAAGUUGACAUUCGAGUCGCUGGAAGGCUCGCUUGUCUGGACGGGUGUUGA